CUCUCUCUAAAUUACCAAAAACCAAUAACCGGAUUGGCACAUUUUCACUUCAGUGCAGGGAAGACGGCGAAAUACCGCGCGACGACCCCCAGAGUCCACUCCGUGAACCCCCGAAACCCAGAGAAGCCAAAUCCACGACUGAACUACAAGCCCUAAUCUCCGAUCUCCUCUCCAAUUCACGUAAAUGCUUGAGGCGGCCUCUCUCAAUCGUUCUCUUAAUCUCUUUCCGUAUUGACCUCUGAGUCCCUCCCCCCUUUCUCAAAAUCAACUUGAUUUGUGAUUGACAGCUUUCGAUUUCCUGCUCUUUCGUGGAUCGGAUUUUUGUUUCCCGAAUGAUGUUAGGAACUUUGUGAUAUCAAAUUAUGGGUAGUAGUGAAAUGGGUAAAACAACAAAGGAGAAGGAGGCGAAGACUCCGCCCGCAACUUCUUCUUCGCAAUCGCAGGAGCAUUCUCCGAUUGCUACCCCCGGCACAGUCAAUCAGGACUGGUCGGGAUUUCAGGCUUAUUCUCCCAUGCCUCCCCAUGGAUACUUGGCGUCAAGUCCCCAAGCUCACCCAUAUAUGUGGGGAGUUCAGCAUAUUAUGCCCCCCUAUGGUACACAGCCACCUCCAUAUGUUGCAAUGUAUCCCCAUGGUGGCAUAUAUGCUCAUCCUUCCAUUCCUCCGGUUUCAUAUCCUUUUAGUCCAUUUGCUAUGCCGUCACCAAAUGGUAUCCCUGAUGCUUCUGGAAAUGCUCCCGGCAGCAUUGAAGCAGAUGGUAAGCCAACAGAGGUGAAGGAAAAAUUGCCUGUCAAAAGAUCAAAAGGUAGUUUGGGCAGUUUGAAUAUGAUUACAGGGAAAAAUAAUGAUACUGGCAAAGCAUCGGGAGCAUCUGCAAAUGGAGUUUAUUCUAAAAGUGCGGAAAGUGAAAGUGAAGGUACAAGUGAAGAAGGUGAUGCAAAUUCUCAGAGUAUGAAGUCAGGCGGUAGGCAAGAUUCUGUGGAAGGUGGAGCAUCUCAGAAUGGCAGUUCUGUACAUGGUUCCCAGAAUGGAGGACCUAGUACACCACAUAAACUGGUGAAUCAACCAAUGGCCGUUGUCCCUUUAUCUGCUGCUGGUGCUCCUGGAGCUGUUUCUGGUCCCGCAACCAACUUGAAUAUUGGAAUGGACUAUUGGGGAGCUCCAACUUCAUCUGCAAUUCCCGCAAUGCGUGGAAAGGUUCCUUCUACGCCAGUCGCAGGAGGAACAGUUGCUGCUGGGCCAAGGGAUAUCGUUCAAUCACAGCUCUGGCUACAGGAUGAAAGAGAACUUAAGAGACAGAGAAGGAAGCAAUCAAACAGAGAAUCUGCUCGUCGGUCGAGGUUGCGUAAACAGGCUGAAUGCGAUGAGCUAGCCCAACGUGCUGAAGCGUUGAUAGAAGAAAAUGCCUCUCUUAGAUCGGAGGUGAAUCGGAUCAGGAGCAAGUACGACCAACUUCUUGCAGAGAACGCAUCUCUCAAGGAGAGAGUUGGGGAAAUGCCUGGGCGUGAAGAUCUUAGGACUGGCAGCAAUGAUCAGCACGCGAGCAAGGAUACACAGCAUACUGAACAAAGGGAUCUUUCACAAGGUGGUUCCUAAGAUCUAGCAACCCUUCCUCCAUUCCUCCAUGCCACUUUGCAGGGGCAUAACCUAACCAAUUAGCAACAGGAAGAUCUAUUUUGCAUAGCAUGUAGUGUAAGAUUUAUCAAAGCUGACCUCUAUACUUUUAGGAUCGUUCUAUUUCAUACCAUGCCGCCUUUUUUCUGAUUCAGCUUAUCUGUAACAGUAGAAGACCUGGGAUGGUAUGUAGAGUGUGAAAUUCAUGUUGUACCCUUGUUGUUUUCCAAAGGGUAGUAUUCACAGUGUUAUUUUUCGAAGGCUCAUCUGUAUUAAAUAUGGCUGAUUGUGUAACUUAGGUUAAUCAAUGAACUCUAGUUAGUGGUUCUGUUCUGUUAUCAAUAAAUAAACUGCAUGUAAGUUGAUGGGUUUUUUGUCA